GACGCCCACGUUACGUGUGGCAACAGGCGCAGAUGUCUCAGUCUCAGUUGCCACAGAAGCCAGUCACUCUUGCCCCCAGCACCCUCAAGAAUCAUAUGAUACUAGCGCUGCCUACAAACAACAAACAGGAGAACUUUAGCAUAUCCUUGGGCGAUAAUCAGUUCAUAACGAAGACCUGCCUGACAACCUACACAUAUCACACCACAUAUCUGACGAGAGGCAGUUUAACAGUUGAGAGCCGAGAAAAGGUUGUCGCCAAUCGACAAACGGAAGAGCGAAAUUUUCUAAGAGCAAGCAGCCAACUCCGCUUGGGCGUAACUCUUUCAAAUACACCCGAGCUGGUUGUGGGCACCUUCCCGACUACAUAUCAUUUUUAUAAUACGCUGAGGAACAAUGGCCUGGUACUUAGCUCGACGUACACGGUGAUGAAUACGGUGACUGGACCUGAGGAUUAUAUAUCGUAUCUGCAGCCGUCGGAAGAAGCGACACCAGUGCUAGACACGAACACCUAUUACAGUCGCCUGGCCGUCACGCGAACAGCGCCUAAUGGAAUUCUGACAGACUCGGAGAAUGUUCUCACCCAACUGGUGAUCACCGAAUCCAAACCAGGACGGGGAAACCCCAAAGUAAAGGCAGCAAGCAGCGAGGAAUUGGAUGUGCAUAUUUUUGCAACGAAAACGUAUUUAACGACUGUGACUUAUUUGGCCACAACAUCGAUAUACCACGCCUCAACCGAUUCACAGGGUGUAUCCAACUUUGAGACAAAGGUUAUUGUGAAUACGAUUACGGAUAUAGUGCCCAGUACGCUACUCCGACCGGAGCUGGUUUCCAUGUUUCGCACGGAAUUAAUGCAGAAGAAGGGCAAAAAUAAUCGCAAAGUGCUUGUUACCCUGGCAACACUACUGGGUGGCCAGACGCUGCAAGUGACGGCGGUCAAUUUGAAAAAGACAACUACAAAUCAAAUUUCCUCAACUUUAAUUAAGCCCACUUCCAUUAAAAGCAAACCAACCAAAACUCAAAGUAAAAACGAUGAGUUGCAAGUUGAUUUGAGUGUGGCAGAGUCGCAAAAUGAGCCAGUCUAUGUGAGACCCUUAAAAGAAGUCCAAGCAACUCCAAAUCCAAAUCCAACCAGUGUUGAGCAACUAAUUGGUUCUCUAAACUUACAAAGAUUGCGACCAGUUUUUGAUGUUAUGGCGGACAUAAUACAAAAAAAUAUAGUCAACAGACAAGCGACAACAAAUCUUAAUUUAAGACAAACUUCAACUUCAACAACGACUGAAAAUCCGUUGGAGGAGCAGCCCGUUUAUAUACCACUUGAGGUCAGCGUGCAGCAGAAAGCGGCACAAAAUCGAUACAAAUCGCACGCGAAUAAGGCUGAAAUCGAUAUUAAUCGAAGUCGCUUGACGGCGCACAGUUUGCACAUAAAUCCACCGGAACCGGCAAUGCAAAUUGAUUUCAACGACGACGAUAAUUGGCUGUUGCACAAUAAUAACAUGAGUCACAUAUUGAGUCCCCUCUCCAUUUACCCGACUUAUCCGGGCGCCCUGCUCAAUAAUGGCAUACCCAUCCGACCUGGGGAAAUAAUUAAUGCGAAUGCGGACGUCAUCAUUGGUAGGCCCAAUGGUAUACUCCACAGUCCACAAGCACAGUUCAUGAAUUCGUCUCCCAGGCCCAAAAACCCGCCAGAUUAUAGCGAUAGAUCGAUUGCACCUUUCAAGAAGAAAACCUGGAUACCUCCUCAGCCAGUUCCUUUGUCACUUUCAUUGACUCCCCCGAGGCUUAUACCCCUCGAUUAUGAUAAUAUACUUUUUCCACCCGCUCAGAGCUCUUCUAAAUCCCAGCCAGACUUUGGCUAUAUACUAACACCCCCCGGUAGUGCACCGAGAUUACCCCAACAGCAGAUUAUGCAUUUGAAUGCGGAGCUGAAUAAUAAUGAGAUAUUGGAAAUUAAAGCAAUACCUCAGAUAUUUAGCACCAAAUUGCCAGCAGUGACAAGAUACCCAGCGCUUGUCGCUGGGAGUAGCAGUAGUUAUUAUAAUCAGAGACCUGUUAAUCCCUCCGUUUACUCAGAUAAUGCUGGUAGUGGCAGUUACUACAGUGCAGGACCUGCUACUGCUGCAGCUUACGCAGAUAUAAAUGGUAGUGGCGGUACCAGUUUCUAUAAACAAGGUACUGCCCCUGCUAACACAGAUAUGGGAGGUAGUAGCAGUUACUAUACGACAGAACCUGCUCCUGCGCCUCCAGCUUACUCAGAUAUGGGUAGUAGAGACAGUAGCAGUUACUAUAAACCAGGUCAUUCUUACUCAGAAAAGGGAGGUAGUAACAGUAACUCCACUCCAAGACCUUCUGCUGCUCUACUUGCUGCUCCUGCAGCUUACUCAGAUAUGGGGGGUAGUAACAGUGGCAGUUACUAUAACCCAGGACCUACUACUGCUGCUCCUCCAGCUCCUCCGGCUUACGCUACCCAUCACAUCAAUCUGAAGACCUCCGUUCUCAAUCACAAUAUCAACAUGAAUGUGCCACCUUUGACCUUCAAGCGAGAGGGCGAUAAUUAUCCGCUUGCCACCGCGGUGCGUGGUCAAAUUGCUCCAGCACCCAUGCCCCUAAUUAAAAUACCCCAUAAUAAAGCCAACGUUGAGGUACGGCUGAGUCCGCAAAACACACGCAUAGCUGUGGAGCCGCCAGAGAAACUCAGAGAAGGUCAAAACCCAAAUAUAAACACAUUCAAGCAGCGAAAUCAAAACUAUUUGAAAAAUACAGAUAAUGUGCGCAGCGAUUACGUCAAUUCAACCCUACACUUAGCACCCUAUCAAAGACCCACUGAUAAAUACAGUUUUAUUAACAACAAAAAUGCAAACCAACAACAAUAUAUAUCUACCAUAUCCAGCGAUUCAGUUCAAGCUGCCACAAAUCUUAUACGUGCCGAGAGCAGCAAACAAAGCUAUGCCAGUCCCAGCACUACGAGCAACAAGGUGCCGGUGCCCGAUCAGAAGACUGACUAUACCAGCCACAGUGACCACAAUUAUAAUCUAACGCUCUCAAAAGUGAAUAGGCAUAUACAAAAUCUACAAUUGCCUACAUCUAAAUUAACACCGAUUAAUCCCUGGUUAUCGAUAACACAGCAAACAGCAAACAAAACUCCCAGCUUGGGUCAGCCCUUCAUUAAAUCGAAUCAAAGCCCAGCGAAUAAGCCUAAAAUUAAUAUACCAAAGAAGGUUUUUGUGGGAGCCGGCCAACGUUUUAAUUUGCUACCGGGUCUCAAAUUGGAAACAACUACAACACAAUAUAUCGAGGACCUUCAACUGCUGACCUCGAUUAGACCCACGAAUAUUUUGGAACCGCCACCAAUGCCAAUAAAUUCACUCCAUCAAGAUGUUUUGGGCAUGAAACCACCACCGGCAAUUAUUAAAAAUAUACCCAAUAGAUCUUCGAGUGUUGUGUAUAAAAUAAAGACCUCUGCACUACCAGCAACACCCUCCAUAAUUAUAUCUACCUUACAACUACAACUCAAUAACAGUUUCAAUACUGAGUCUCAAAUUUUAAAGCCUGCUUUGAGUUCUUCUAGAUUCAAAGUGUUGAAAUCACAGCCUACUUUUACAAAGACCCUACCGAAGACCUUGUCUAUAAACGGUACCAGUAAACAGCAAAAAAUGACAGUAAUUAAAACCGAAGGAUCUUUCAAUAACGUUAAACAACACUCAACGCAGCAUACGAAUAUUGUUAACCAACACUCAACGCAGCAGAAAAUCAACCCUACAAAGAUAAUUAACCAACACUCAACUCAAAAGAAAAUCAACCCGACAAAUAACAUAAAACAACACUCAACCAAUCUAAAAUUAAGUCCAACAAAUGCCAUUAACCAACACUCAACCGUCAUCAAACUCAGCCCCACAAAUAUCGUUCAACAACACUCAACGCAGCUGCAACUCAGUCCAGCUAUUGAGCCAGCUGUGCUGCCAACAAAUAUUAAUUCGAUUAAUACAAAAAAACUAAAUAUUUAUCAACAAGCAACUCUGAAAAAUACUCAAAUAAUUCCGAAUCAAAAUCAAAGCAAUCUACUCUCACUGGAAUCAUCGGAGGCAGAAACCAAAAAAAUACCCUUCUCCAUUCGAAGCAAUGCGCCCCACUUCGAUGUAUCGUUUAUCGAUAGGCAAAUAACUAAACAACUCUAUGAUAAAUCGAUUUCCACGCUCAACAAAAAUAUUGCAACCCAAUCGGUAGUACUAAAAAGUAGUAGUACACCAAUAAUUAAAAGUCGUAUUAUCGAUACCAAAUCGAUAACAUUCAAACCAAUACAAACACACUCGAUAACCAAACAAACCAUUUCCAAAACGAUAAGAAAGAGUGAAAAUCCCGUAAAAACAACGAGCACAAAAAUCGAACAAGUUCACAGCGAUAUAUCGAAUAUCUUGGUGGUGAUGAAAAAAGGAACCGGUGCUGAUAAUCAAAAUACGAUUAACCUGGCGGAGGAAGAAGAAGAGCUGGCCUUGGACUACGAGGGCAAUUUGUCGCUGGAGAUACCCCUGCGGGAUGAGGAAAUUGUGCCGCCCAUCAACGCGAAUAGCAUUCUGCUCGGUGGCAUUUUAAUAGCCACACCCUCCAAAACCAAUACCAAAUCCAAAUAUACCAAAGAGUCUAGCAAUGGGGUGUGCCAGCCCGCCUGCAAGGCGAAUAAAAAUGAAAUAUGCUCCAGUCAACCCGGACACGGAAAUGACAAUCGCUGUGAAUGCCGUUUGGGCUUUGCGCGCAUGUUUCCUGAUCGACCCUGCAAGCCUACAUACACCUAUGAGAUGCGCAUUCCGACCAGUCGUGUGGGAAGUUAUCGGCUCAAAUUCAGCACUGAGCUUAUCAAUAACUCAUCUAGUCACUAUCGACACUUGAGUUCGAUUAUUCUAGAUGCUAUCGAUCGCAUGGUUAUGCAAUCCGAUUUCCGGGAUGUUUAUCACGGCGUACAAUUAAAGGAAUUCUACGCGAGCAACGAUAACGUCGUAAUGGGACACUUUUUGUUACAGCUGUCGGAGAACAGUAAUGAAAAGCGUUUGGAAACAGUGUUCAAAAAAUAUUUGCGCCAAAGCAAUUACAGCAUUGGCGGCACCGAAUUAUAUACAUCGAAAUCUGGCAUCAAUUUAUUGACAGUUAAAGAUUUCGAUGAGUGUGGCAACGCCAAUUUCAACGAUUGCUCCUUUCACGCACACUGCUUCAAUUUGAUUGGCAGCUACACCUGCAGCUGUCUCGAUGGCUAUGUAGAUAUAUCCGAUAAUCCAAUUUAUCCCGGUCGCCUUUGCUCCGAUCAAAUUGUUGGCUGUGAACUGUGCAAUUAUCAUGGCAAUUGCAUGGCGCCCAUUGUGAAUGGGACCCCCGUUUGUGAAUGUUUUAGUUGGCAUUCGGGCGCCACUUGUCAGCUAAAUUUGAAAAUACUGCUCAUCGGCCUGAUUGCAAUCGGUACGGUGUUCAUUUUGCUACUGGUCUGUAUGCUGCUCAUCUAUUCGCGUCACAAAGUGAAUGGCGCCUGUGCAGCGCGUCCUAUUUUUAUAACGUCUUCGAACUAUCACCCGAGCAUGUUGUCAACAUCCAGCAACAAGUCGCUGAUUCGUGAUUGCAGCAUGGAUAAACAUGCAAUUUUAAUUGACACCAACAGCGAAUCUAGUCACAAUUCGGAGCCAUAUUCCUUCAAGGCAAAGCCAGUCAGAAAUAAACACGACACUGUUGAUUUCGCUGAAAGUAACGACGAACCGCAAAGAAUCAAGCCGUCUAAUAGCCACUAUAACGCCGAUGUAGUUGCCGCCGACCAAUCGGAUCGUUCGCUCACAGUGAUGAUACCGCGCGCCAAAUAUUAUCACCCAACAGUUCUGCCGCAUGGUCAACUCAACCAACACCAGAUGGCGCCAAAUAAGUGCGAUAUGAUUAAAGCUGUCAAGCCCACAAAGCAAAAACUAUCGAAAGCAUCGUGCAAAGAAUUUGCAACGCCAAGCGGCGCUUUAGUCUCUGCCGGCUUCGAGGUGUCUGCCAUUGUUAGCGAUCGGGAGAGUAAAGUGAAUGCAAAUGAUGUGCAAGCAACGAGAGUGUAUCAGAAACAUCCGCAAAUGUCUCGAGCUAAUUUAGAAACUAUUCUACAGUCAGGCGACGAAAUCCAUCGCAUGAGCUCUUGGAUGAGUAAUAUUCCUGCCACUGCACUAUCAGCUGACGUGCGCUCGUUUGAUGAGACAACAGUGCAGGCAAUAACCAAAUCAAUGCAGCUCUGCUUUGACAUGCAGACCCAAAGCAAUACAAAUGAGGAGGCAAAUACGAUGACUGAGCGAGAUCUCGGUUCGACAUUUUUGCUGCCACACACACAUCUCUAUAAGCCCGAGAAGCUCGAAAGUGAUCUGUCCGGCUUUGACUCCAUAUAAUGGAAAUGUUCAACUGUAUUUCAACUUGUGUAUUAUACUCAUUCAUUCUUGUCAAAGACACAUUGAAUCGUUAGCAUUUAUUUUAAAUGAAUUUAGCGUCUUUUGCGUACAACAAUAUUUAUA